UCAAGAGCGAGGCCUGAACACGGGGUCCAGGGGAUACGUUGGUUCCCGAGAGGCUCGGCCUGUGGGAUAUGUUGGAAACUACUGGGGCAUGCUGUGCGUGGUAAUCUAUGUUUGCUCUGUAAAGUUUCAUGUCUGUCAAUUACUGAAGAGCAAUUUGUCGGGCGCUGGCAUAAUUUGGGAGGAGGGAGCGGUGCUACGAUGAUUUGCGAUGGAUGGAAUGUGUUUUUGGGAACGAGUCCCAGCUCCAUUGACAGUUCCUGUGUACUGUAAACAGACUUACAGAUGCUGCAUAUGCUGAAAGUGUUCUAGGUGGUUGCGGACUGACCUGAGGUGGAAAUGAUGCUUGACAGCUGAAGGGAGUCCCAAUCUUACCUGCAGUAUGAACUCACCAAAUAGGGGGUCGAUGGAGGAAUCUGAAGACAUCGACACUGCGACCCUGAUUGACCUUUUGAACAACUACGCCACCGAGGCACUCGAUCCCAAAUGGGUUGAGGCUGUGGUCGAUGCCGAUUACACCGAGUGUGAUGCCCUGCCGACCCAGUUUGAGGAGCAACACGCCCAAACAAACUGGGCAUCUCUCCUGAAGGAGACAGGGCGGGUGUGUCGCGCGGCCGUACUGUUGGUGCCGGUUCCGCUCGAGUGCUCGGCCGACGGCUCGGUGCUGGAGCGCAGCGCCGCCUCCAGCGCCUUGUGGACGGCGCUGGCCGAGAAUGGCGUCCGGCACACGCACCUGGUGGCCCUGCUCUUCUACUUCAUGUACACCGGCCAGAAGUCGACCGCGUCGCUGGAGGAUCGUCACUACGGUCUGCUCUCCGCCUCCAUCUACCUCAACCUGCUGGCCAUCCCUGGCAGCAACGCCUUUCGCGUGUUCCACCCAGUCAUGUACUCGCGGGCGCUCGACUCGUUCAAGCUGCUCGGCCACCUGGCGGCGCGCUCGGGCUCGCCGCGCAAGACCAGCCGCGCCGAAGACGAGCUGCUGGACGAGGACGAGGCAGACGAGAUGGCGCUAGAGCCGGCGGCGGCCGCGCGCCUGCUGCGCUUGCUGCACGGCCUGCUCCGCGACCUGCAGCUCCUGGUAGAGCGCUUCUCACUGCGCCACGGUGCCGACAGCCUCGAGGAGACGGUGCAGACGCUGGUGAGCGUGACGCGGCUGGAGACGCAACCGGCGGCGUCCGGUCGGCCCGCCGCCGCCGGCCUCGCCGCCCUGCCACACAACGCCUACUGCUGCCUGACGGCCCUGGUGGCGGCGGCAGGUGUGGUGGCCGAUCCGGCGCUGCUGACGCUCGUGCAGAACGUGUGCGUGCGCGUGCCAGAGCGGGCCGAGCAGCGGCAGCGCGGCGCUCAGUCGGUGGUGCGACUACUCUGGCUGAUGCCACCGCCGCUCUACAGCCAGACACUGCAGUGGCUGUGCGACUUCGCGCACCACGAAAAGAGCGGCCACCGGCUGCUGGCGCUGGAGGUCGUGUCGCGGCUACUGGACGACGGCAAUGGGCGUCAGACGCACGCGCUGCUGGUGCGGCUGAUCUUCGCGCAGUGCCGUGACCCGGCCGCCUCGGUGCGCUCGCGCGCGCUCAACGUGCUGACCGAGUGCACGGUGUCUGAGCGGCCGGCGAUCCAGGAGGCCGUGCGCCAGCUGCUGGUCGGCGUGGCGCCGCCGUCGCCGCCGCUGCCACCGCGGCCGGAGCGACGGAGCGAGUCGGAGAGUUCGGACGACACGGACGCCGACGGCGGUGACAUCCUGGCCAUGCUGCGUCGCCGCGCCCGCGAUGACAAGGUGAUGGUGCGCAAGUCGUCGCUGCAGGUGCUGGAGAACGUGAUGCGCCUGAACGCCAGCUGCGUGACGUCCGAGAAUCUGCAGGUGCUGCUGGAGCACUGCCGGGACCCUGCGCUGCUGGCGCGCAAGCAGUGCCAGUCGUCGUUGAUCGGCCUGGUGGGCCAGUACCCGGACGACCCGCGCGUCCGCGAGGCCGUGGUGCGCGGCCUGCUGCCGCAGAUCCACGACCCGGAGGCCAAAGUCCAGGAGCGUGUGGUCCAGUUUGUGGAGCAGACGAUCCUGGCGGGCAUCAUGCCGUACGAGGAGCAUGCGCCCACCUCUCCCGAAGGCGAGCUGCCCUGGAAACUGCUUGACCUGAUCGUCAAGCUCUGCUUCCAAAAAUAUCUGCACAAAGUCAUGCAGGCAGCGUUUGCUGGGCAGGAAAUCAAGCCGGCGGUGUGCAGGGCGCUGCGCAGUCACGUGUCGACAGCCAACAGCGUGCCGGCCUGGAUGUGCCUGGCGCUGGUGUCGCGCUUCUCACCGCUUGAGCAGCCGCUGUUUGCGCUCGACUUCUUCACCGAGCAGAUCCAGAACGAGCUGAAGACGGAGCAGGUGCUGGCGUCGGCGCCGGCGGCCGCCCGGCUGCUGGCGCAGCUGACGGGGAUGGUACGCGCCGCCGCCCUGCCGCUCGAGCUGAUCUCGGCUGCGGUCGACACGCUGGCCACGGUGACACUGCAGACGGGUGACGAGGAGGAGUACCCGGCGCGACUGGAGCAGUGGUGCGGUCCGCUGAUCGAGGACUGCGAGGACUACCUGUCGAAGCAGCUGCUGCGUCCGUCGGGCGGCGCCGCCCCCGACUGGGAAGAGCGCCUGGUGCGCCAGGUGCACACGCUCGGCGACCUGGCGCAGCUGGUGCCGGCGCGCGUCAACAAGCGCUGCUUCCUCAUGCUGCAGAACCUCAUCUACGUGGAGAAAGGCGGGGGCCGCGCCUCCUCGGCCGGCCUGCAGGACCCGUCUCCGCGGCUUCGUUCGGUCGCCAUCGCCACGCUCGGCAAGCUGUGUCUGCAGCACGAGCAGAUGGCCAAGCGAGUGAUCCCGGCGCUCGGCAAGAUCCUGGACGUGACAGACGUGACGGCCGUCAAGAACAACGUCGUCUUCACGCUGUCGGACAUGUGUGUCAGGUACGCGACGCUGGUGGACCCGCUGAUGCCGCAGGUGACCUGCUGCCUGAAGGACAAGUCGCUGGUUGUGCGGCGCAACACGCUCAUCCUGCUCAUCCGCCUCCUGCAGGAGGACUACCUCAAGCUCAAGGGUACCUUCUUCUUCCGCCUGAUCCAGUGCCUGCUGGACCCUGAGCCGGAGAUGCGGCAGCUGAUAUGCUUCUACCUGACGGAGCGGCUGCUGAAGCGACAUCCCAAGGUGUUCUUCCAGCACUUCGUCGAGUGCCUGUUCCUCUACAACGAGUACGAGGAGCACGAGUCGUAUAACAAGCUGCCGCAGACGGAGCGCGAGCGCCAGCUGUUCUCGCUGCGUGGCCCCGAGCAGUGUGGCAGUCGCCUGCUCAUCUACAAGUUCAUGCUGGAGCACAUGCCGGACGACCAGCGCUUCCAGACGUCGCACAAGCUCUGCCAGGAUAUCCUGGGUGACGUGGUGGACGGCAAGAUAGCGCUGGGCGAGGCCAGCGCGCCGCUGCUGCGCGACACGCUGGCCAUCCUCAGCUGCGACGAGAUCAAGCUGCAGAGCCUGAAGGCGCGCCCCGACGACCACGAGCCGGCCACCGACGCCAGCGGCAUGGCCGAGGUGUUCCAGGCCGUCGCCAAGAAGACGCUGAUCUCGCAGGUGGUGAAGAAGAACGUCAUUGAGAAUAUGGUGCCCAUCAUCAUCGCGCUGAAGCACAAGCUAGAAACGGCGCGCUCGCCGCUGCUGAAAGAGCUCAUGAUCUACCUGAAGGACCUGAUGAAGGAUUACAAGAAUGAGAUCCAGGACAUCCUGGUGGGCGACAAACAGCUGGCCAAGGAGAUCGAGUUCGACCUGAGGCGGCUGGACGGGCAGGAGCGGACGCGCGAGGGGCCGGCGGCGGCGACGGCGGCCGGCCCGUCUGGCGACGCCGGCCGCCUGCCCACAGACACGCCGCGCAACAAGCGCUUCCACAGCGUGCUCGUGGAGGCCAUGCGGAGCCAUCAAGAGGUGAUCCUGAGCGCCCAGGAGGAGAUCCUGCGCUACAUUGUGCAGCUGGACGGUGCUGGAGACUGGACGGUGCUGGAUAGUGUGGUGGUGUGCCUGAGGUAUAUUGUGCAGCUGGACGGUGCUGGAGAGUGUGGUGGCGUGCCGCAUCGGUACCGAUGA